AUGGAAAACUCAGCACCGUGGUGGCUAAUCUCCGGCCGCCGGCGGGUGCCGGUGUUCCUCCUGGUUCCUCUCAUUCUCUGCCUCAUCUCAAUCUCCUCCAUGGGAGCCAGAGUCAACGCCCCAGCCAAAUCCGACUCCUUCUCCCCACCCGACAACUACCUCCUCGACUGCGGCAGCAUUGGGCCCACCACAGUCCCCGGGGACCGCAUCUUCCUCAGCGAUCAGGACACAGGCAAGUACCUUUCCUACAACGGCCGUGAUGUCCAGGUCUCUGAGGCAAACCCCAAGGACCUCCCAUCCCCGAUUUAUGCGUCAGCAAACAUCUUCGAGAGCGCAGCCACUUACACCUUCCAUGUCACCCGGCCUGGCUGGCACUGGAUCCGGCUCCACUUCGCCCCGAUCCAGAACGACCAGCACGAUCUCAAGGCUGCCAGAUUCAAGGUCAGCACAAGCAACGACCUCGUCCUCAUCCAGGAGUUCCAGAUGAGCCCUGAGAAUGCAACCACCUCAUUGAAUGAGUACCUUGUCAACGUCACCACCGAGAGGUACUCUCUCACCUUCCAGCCUGCUCAAGGCAGCGUGGCUUACAUCAGCGCGAUCGAGUUCGUGUCUGCGCCCGAUAUUUUGAUAGGUGACAUCGCCUCAUCCCUUUUUCCCAAAGCUGAUUAUUCGGGCCUCCUCAAUAUUGCAUAUCAGACGGUUUACCGUGUCAAUGUUGGUGGGCCUUUGAUUACGGCCCAAAACGAUACCUUGGGGAGGACGUGGGUCUCAGACACGCCGUACCUCGACCCCAAGGUUGCCGGCAACCAGGUCUCGGUGGCGCCCAACGUGAUCACCUAUCCAGACGGCGAGUCGCCGCUGAUUGCGCCACCGGUGGUCUACGCGACCGCCAUGCAGAUGGCGGAUGCCAAUGUGGAGGUCCCAAGUUUCAACAUCACCUGGAAACUGAACAUAGACUCCUCAUUCCAGUACCUGGUCCGCCUCCAUUUUGCAGACAUCGUGAGCAAGUCCCCAAACGACCUUUACUUCAACGUCUACAUCAAUGGCAAGUCGGCCAUCACGGGGCUCGACCUCUCCACCGCGGCAGAUGGACUCACCUCCGCCUACUUUGCUGACUUUGUCCUCAACUCCAGCAUGGGCCUUCUCGACCCCCUCAUAGUCCAGGUGGGCCCCAUGUCCAAUGAGAACGCGGGCACUAAAAAUGCCCUCCUCAACGGCCUCGAGGUACUCAAAAUGAAUAACUCCGUGGGCAGCCUCGAUGGGGAAUUUGGGGUGGAUGGCCAGCGCGAGGCCUCAGCCGCCAACGGGACGGUGGCUGCAGUGGGCUUCGCCAUGAUGUUCGGGGCCUUUGUUGGGCUGGGCGCCAUGGCCAUGAAGUGGAAGAAACGACCCCAAGAUUGGCACAAGAGCAAGAGUUUCUCUUCAUGGCUCCUCCCCAUCCACGCGGGUGACACAAGCAGCUUCAUGAGCAAAACCUCCCUCAAAUCUCAAGGGUUCUCGUCCACCAUGGGCAUGGGCCUCGGUCGCUACUUCUCGCUCUCCGAGCUCGAGGAUGCCACCGGAAACUGGGACCCUACCCACAUCAUCGGCAUUGGUGGCUUCGGCAACGUGUACAUCGGCGAGAUCGACGACGAUUGCCAGAAGGUGGCCGUCAAGCGGGGGAAUCCCCAGUCAGAGCAAGGGAUUAAUGAGUUCCAGACCGAGAUCCAAAUAUUAUCUAAGCUCAGGCAUCGCCACCUCGUGUCCCUCAUUGGCUACUGUGACGAGAACUCAGAGAUGAUCCUUGUGUACGAGUUCAUGGCCAAUGGCCCAUUCCGUGACCACCUGUAUGGAAAGAACCUGCCCCACCUCACCUGGAAGCAGAGACUGGAGAUCUGCAUCGUGUUGCUGGAGGCCCUCUGUGCACGGCCCGCCAUAAACCCGGCCCUCCCUAGGGAGCAAGUCAAUCUGGCCGAAUGGGCCAUGCAGUGGAAGAGGAAGGGGUUACUGGACAAGAUAAUUGACCCCACUUUAGUGGGACACAUUAAUCCUGACUCAAUGAACAAGUUUGCGGAGGCGGCCGAGAAAUGCCUCUCCGAAUAUGGGGUGGAUAGACCCACAAUGGGAGACGUACUGUGGAAUUUGGAGUAUGCUCUGCAGCUGCAAGAGGCGUCCCCCUCGCCCGAGGAACAGAAUAAGGUGCUUUCCAGCCCCAUUUCCCCUCUUGUUAUGCCGCAUGUCGGCCCUGAGAACAAGGAACUUGAUCACGCGGGCAGUAGGGCUCCAGACCCCCUUCCUCUUAUUGAGGAACAUUCUGGUACUGCCAUGUUUGCGCAGUUUGCUCUAAACGGGCGAUAG